ACCACUCCACAAUCGAGGUGACACAUGCGGUCCCCUCAGUGUUCCACUGGGAGGUAUUUUGGGGGCAGCUGAGAGGGGGCUUCCAGAGGUGACGGAGAAGGUGAGACAUAUGAGGUCACAGAGCCACUGCCUCCCCCUUUCAAGAGAAACCACUCUGCUCUAUUUAUUUCAGAAUCCAGAGGAAGUUGACAAAGUGUGACAGCAGCACAGCACAACAUGUGGUGGCGAGUCUGCAGCUUACUGGCUUGGUUCCCCUUACAAGAGGCCUUUCGGACCAACCACCAGGAAACCAUCACUGUGGAGGAAGGCCAGAGGCUCACUCUAAACUGCUCUGUUGCUCAGACAGAGAGCACCUUCCUGCAGUGGCUGGACCCAUCAGGGUUCACCAUUUAUUUCAAUGAGCAUCCUGCUUUAAAAAAUUCCAAAUACCAGCUGCUUCAUCAUUCCUCCAAUGAGCUCUCCAUCAUUGUACGGAAUGUAACCCAGCAAGAUGAAGGCGUGUACAAGUGUCUGCAUUAUAGCAGCUCUGUGAGAACAAAGGAAGUGAAAGUGAUUGUGAUAGCAACUCCUGUCAUGCCAAUCCUAGAAGUUUCGGUUAUCAGAAGGCAAGAUGGAGAACAUGUUAUACUGAAAUGCUCCACCGUGAGAAGUAAGCCCCCUCCACAGAUAACCUGGCUCUUAGGAGAUGACAUGGAGCUCUAUGGUGAAACCCGCCAUGAAUUUGAAACCGAUGGGAAGAAGUGCAAUACCACCAGCACACUCAAAAUCCACACGUACGGCAAAAACUCAACAGUGGACUGCAUUAUCCGACACAAAGGCAUGCCUGGAAGAAAACUGGUAGCACCUUUCCGGUUUGAAGAUUUAGUUACUGAUCAACAGACAGCUUCAGAUGCCUUGAGGACAAGCCCUCUAUCCUCUCAAGACCCUCAGCAACCCACUAGUACCGUUGCAGUAGUGGAAGAGUCUAGGACAUCAGAGAUUGACAAGGAAGAGGAAGAACAAACCACUCAAGGCUCUUACUUCAUCACUGAAGCAAAUCGUCAGUACGUGGAGUUGACGAGGAAGAAGAGCGGCAUCUUGCUGCUGACUCUGGUGUCCUUCCUCAUCUUCAUACUCUUCAUCAUCGUCCAGCUCUUCAUCAUGAAGCUGCGGAAAGCACACGUGAUUUGGAAGAAAGAAAAUGAAAUUUCAGAAUACACUCUAGAAAGUUACAGAUCGAGGUCAAAUAAUGAAGAAACAUCUUCCCAAGAGAAAAAUGGCCACACUUGCCACUCAAAGAGCUGCAUGAACUAUAUCACACAACUGUACUCAGAAGCAAAAACAAAGACGAAGGGAAAAGCACAAGCUUCAAAAUUGAAAGGAGAGCCCACUCCUAUGCCAGAGAGCAUCGUGUAGUGCUCCUUGCAAGAGAAAAUGCACUUUCAAGGCAGCCUCAUCAUCAUUAAAGUGGAGCAGGCUGUGGGAAGGAACAUAAUUACUGUAACAUGACAAAUGUACUUUGAGUGCAAUGCAAGGUCGUUGGCGUCCUCUGACAACAGUCUGCCUCCGUCUUAGAGGAACAGAUGAGAACUAACCCACGGACAUAAAGUUUUAUAGUUUAAAAGAAAAAGAAAGAAAGAACUUAUUAUGUCUGACACUACUUCCGAGGUGGAGGAUUCUGCUAAGCUUUGGGAUCGGGGUCCAUGUGACCAGCUAACAUCUUGCUAUAAAGGCAACAAGAGAUUUUAGAUGCUGGGCUCUAGUCAAACUACUUAAAAAAUUUUUUUUUAAUCUUUCUUUCUGGUUUCCAAAUAAAGAACUUUGGGAUGAAAA